CUACAAUUGAACACUACGAGAAAAAGAAAAGCGGCAACGCAUGAUGUGCUGUAAUUCUGUCAAGCACUUUUGAGUUUUGAAGAACAGAAAUGAGUGAAACUUCAUCAGUGUCAAAGGGAUGUUUUGUCUUCAAGUCAUCCUCUAAAAAGAGAAAACGACAUGGCGGAGUUGAUGGAUAUUUGGUGGAGGACGAUGAUGAUAAUGGCAGAGAUCGCUUUAGGAUCUGUCAGAAAUUAAUGGACACAGUUCAGAUGCACAUAGAGGAAAUACAGGAUCAGUUGAACAAAAAGGUACUUGACAAUCUCGUGGAGUUCAUUGUAAAGCAUGAACACUGCUACUCUUCUGAUGUCUGGAGACAGAGAGCCGUUGAAAUCCCCACAGCUGCUCUAAUGUUGGGAGUGAAUGUACCAGAUCAUGCCAUGACGUUUCGGAGUCUGUAUAAUCUCCUUCAGGCUUCUGUCACGCGAUUUGUUGUUUCUGUUCAUGCCAAAGACUGUGCAGCUGUAAAGCUCUUGAUUCAGAGGGUUUUAGACCAGCUGAUGGGAAAUGGAGUGUCUCUGGAUGAAGAACUGGAGGAUGAUGCAGCUUUGCCUCAGAGAACACCAUGUGCUAUGAGUACUCUUUGCCAGUGGUACAAGACUGUGUCCAAGAAAUGUGCCCUUGUUUCUCCAGAAAAGAAAGGACAUUCAAAAAAUAAGGAUUUGCCCCGGAGGAUGCCUAUCGUUGUAAUCUUCAAAGACUUUGAAGCUUUCAACUCACAAGUGUUACAGGAUUUUAUCCUUAUCUGCAGUCGAUACUUCCAGGAGCUUCCAUUCAUCUUUAUCUUUGGAAUUGCAACAUCUCCCAGUGCUGUCCAGCACAGACUAUCACACUCUGUGUCAUCUCUGCUCUGCAUUGAGGUCUUUCAUUCCCUCUCAUGUACUCAGCACUUAGCAUCUGUCUUUGACCAGCUGAUUCUGACCUCUCAGUUCCCGUUCAAGCUCAGCAGUAGGGCGAUACAGGUGCUGCUUGGUAUCUUCCUCUAUCAUGACUUCUCCGUUCAGAAUUUUGUUAAGGGCCUUCAGCUGUCCAUGUUGGAGCACUUUAAUAGCCAGCCUCUCAGUGUGCUAUGCUGCCAAAAGCGGGAAGCCUUGCUUUGUGCCAAGACGCUGAGCCAGCAGAAUGUGGAAAGAAUCCGUCACCUCCCCUCAUUCAUGAGGUAUGUGGAGACUCAGGAGCCCCAGGUGCAGGUACAGCUGCUUACCAGUGAUGAAAAUGUGAAGGAAGUAUGUCAGAAGUUACUGAAAAAACUUCAUAAAUACCACAAGAAUUACUAUCCUAUUCUCCAGUGUCUGCAUGCUUUGACAUCAUCACUGCCUAAGUGUCCCCUGGGAAAACACCUUCGAGAGCUCCAUGUGUCCUGCAUUGAAAAGAAUGUUUGGGAGACAGAGGAGUAUGCUUCAGCCAUGCAGCUUUUGAGGAUUCUAGCAAAAGAUGAGCUUGUUGCAGCUUUACGGAACUGUGCAGACAUUCUUAAAUCAGCCAGCACCAAGAGAAUGCAGAAUGUGCUACAACAAGUAGAAGAUUUUGUUGUCAAAUUGGAAGAGCUGGAGUGUCAUUUCAAUCAAGAUCCCCCUGGGGAUGACGUCAUCUUGUCAGGAAAGGAUUAUCAGAGAAAAACGGAUCUCUUUCAGCUUCAAAAGAAUCUGCUGGAAAAAGAGUCCAGAAGAACAAAGAAAAUGAGCCCAUUUGAAAUACUCCAAAACCAGGUGCUACAAUUUAUUGAUGACCUUGUGAGAGAGUACCUGACUCCAGCAGAACUCCAGCCUCUCAGUGAGGUGUGUUACUACAGUUCCUCAGGGGUCCUGAGACAGCGACUCAACGCUGCCCCUCGCAUGUCCAUUCAAGCCGCUCUCAGUCAUCCUUUAUACUACCUGCAGAAGGAAGCCCUGAAAACAAAUGCUGGCACAGUCUCCAGUACUGCUCCAGACAUUUGCAUCAUCUACAAACUUCAUCUUGAAUGUGGAAGACUCAUAAAUCUUUAUGACUGGCUUGAGGCCUUUGUGACCGUGAUCUCAGCUUCUGAGGACAAAGAUCAAGGUUCUGAUGAGUGUGGUGAAUACGACAGUCUCAAGCAUGCUCGUUUCAUUCAGGCUGUUUCCGAGAUGGAAUUCCUUGGUUUUGUUAAAUCAACAAAACAGAAAACUGACCAUGUGGCAAGACUCACUUGGGGAGGAUGUUAAAGAAUCAUCUUUAAAGCACUUUUAACAAGACAGUGGCCAAAGUAUUACAUGUUAUGCAUUUGUUACUCUAUUUGUUAAAUCUUACCAUUGGAAUAAAACAAUUCAGAU